CGCGCGUUGCGUCAGGGCGGGGUGGGGCCUGUCUGGCUCCGCCCCGCGCACGUCGGCUGUCUGGGAUUACUUACUCAUUUCGUCUUGGUGGGGGUCGCCCAUUGCUGCCAGGGCUUAGGGCACUGCGAGGAGCCACUGGUUCCAUCCUGAGUUGGUACAGCUCCAGCCAGCCGCAGAGAAACGGGAUGUUUCGGUUAGCCCCUGGGGCGCCUGGAGGAGAGAUUUUGGAAGCUUCGCUUGUAUCCCUCCUCCACUGCUGCGUUUGGGAUCGUGAAAUCUCAGAUUGAAAACAUGGGGUUUACUGAUGUCUCAUCUCGCAAAGUGUUGGUUGCUGUUACUUACCAAUGAGGAAAUAGGGAGGAGGAUGGAUAUCCUGUUUUGGGUGGAUAAGGCCCCAGUCCCUGAGCUAGAUCAGUUCAGAACCAGUUGACGCUUUGGCUAUCUUGAAUUUAACUCAGAAUUAUGAGGAAAGGAUUCUAAAUAUCUUUGAUUCUUGACCAGAAGUGACAGCAUUUUUAUGAGUCAGCUGAACAGCUGAUUUUAAGAAAACCCUACACCUCGUCCUUCAAAGGGGAGUUUGUACUAAGUCUACUGUUUUUCCAGGUUGCUUCAAACUACCCCUUUUUGAUCCAAAAGCAAUCCCCAGCUAGUGUAUAUUCCUUUUUUUUUUUUUUUUUUUAAUUGUGGGAUAUGCAGUUCAGAUGUGCAAAUACCAAGCUGUAGAGUCUUUCCUGUAUAAUGAGGUGGGAAACUACCUCCGUAUGUUCCGAGGUUCUCUGUACAAGAGAUACCCCUCACUCUGGAGGCGACUAGCCACUGUGGAAGAGAGGAAGAAAAUAGUUGCAUCGUCACAUGGUAAAAAAACAAAACCUAACACUAAGGAUCAUGGAUACACAACCCUGGCCACCAGCGUGACGCUGUUAAAAGCUUCAGAGGUGGAAGAGAUUCUGGACGGCAAUGAUGAGAAGUACAAGGCCGUCUCCAUCAGCACGGAACCCCCCACCUACCUCAGGGAACAGAAAGCCAAGAGGAACAGCCAAUGGGUGCCCACCCUGCCCAAUAGCUCCCACCAUCUGGAUGCUGUGCCCUGCUCCACGACCAUCAACAGGAACCGCAUGGGCCGGGACAAGAAGAGAACCUUCCCUCUGUGCUUUGAUGACCACGACCCAGCUGUGAUCCAUGAGAAUGCCUCCCAGCCUGAAGUGCUGGUCCCUAUCCGGCUGGACAUGGAGAUCGACGGGCAGAAGCUGCGAGAUGCCUUUACUUGGAACAUGAAUGAGAAGCUGAUGACUCCUGAGAUGUUUUCAGAAAUCCUCUGUGAUGACCUGGAUUUGAACCCUCUGACAUUUGUGCCAGCCAUCGCCUCUGCCAUCAGGCAGCAGAUAGAGUCCUACCCCACAGACAGCAUCUUGGAGGACCAGUCAGACCAGCGUGUCAUCAUCAAGCUGAAUAUCCAUGUGGGAAACAUUUCGCUGGUGGACCAGUUUGAGUGGGACAUGUCAGAGAAGGAGAACUCACCAGAGAAAUUUGCCCUGAAGCUGUGCUCAGAGCUGGGGCUGGGCGGGGAGUUUGUCACCACCAUCGCGUACAGCAUUCGGGGACAGCUGAGCUGGCAUCAGAAGACCUAUGCCUUCAGUGAAAACCCCCUACCCACGGUGGAGAUUGCCAUCCGGAACACAGGCGAUGCUGACCAAUGGUGCCCACUGCUGGAGACUCUGACAGACGCUGAGAUGGAAAAGAAGAUCCGAGACCAGGACAGGAACACAAGGCGUAUGAGGCGUCUUGCCAACACUGCCCCAGCUUGGUAACCAGCCCGUCUGCGCAUGGCUCCCACGGAGCAUUGAGAAGAUCGGACCGCCUCUCCUUUAUCUUCUGGCAAGGAGGGAGGCAAAGGGGCAGGCCGGGGCCAUCCUGAGGAACAUGGGGUGUGGGGAGGGCUUCUGGUCACCCUCCCCUGGGCACAUUCCAUUUGUUGAGCCCAGUCCCCAUCCAAGUCUCUGGUCAGAAAGAGGCCUCGUUUUGGGUUAUGUUUUGUUUUUGUAUAGGAGCCCCAGGCAGGGCUAGCAACACUUUUUAAAUAAAAGACAACAGGUCAUGUUCCAUUUUUUCAA